AUGGUGUCAAACAUCUCAGCUUCCUUCGAUAAUGGAGAUGUGCACAUCAAACAAUACAAGUAUCCGAUCCGGUUGUCAGUCAAAGAAGCAAAGACGCAUGAUAUUGUUAUGAUCGAGUACGCAGACGAGAUCUACCAAGCCAUGAUGGAGGCUUCAGAAAGAGCUAGGCCUAACAUUGACUUGUAUCUAAGUCAACCACAAAUUACACCAGAUAUACGCCUUAAAUUGGUGGAUUUUGCAUUGAAACUUCUGAUUCGAUUAAAAAUAAUUCCCUUCGUGUUUUAUCAGGGUAUACAAUUGUUUGAUUUGUAUUGUCUGCGUCGAAUUGUCGUUCUCGCUCAUGCUCAACUUGCCAUCACCACCUGCCUAUGGAUCGCUGCCAAAACUGCAGGCGGAAAUAAUCAUUUUGCAAAUUUGAACUGUGAAGAUGUCAGUUCAAUUUUUAGUAUAAGCGAUUUAGGCCAUGGUAGUGGCGCUCGAUUUCAUGGACCAACCGAACGUUUCAGACACCCAAGGCUUAAUGAAUUAGUGAAACUUUGCGGGUCAAAGUGCAACUAUGAUUCCCUGAUGUUUGUUCAAAUGGAAUUACACAUACUAACUGCUUUGGAAUGGAAUUUUAACAUUCCUUGCAUUAGUGACUUCAUGAUUCAUUCCACGGAACUCCAGGUAACUAUUGAAUCCAUCAAAACAGAUGACAGCAUCGUUGAGAUGUUCCGCACAAAGCGUUUCAUUGCGUACGCAGCUUGUUAUCUGUUUGAACUAGUCAACUAUACUCCUUCCCAGAUUGCCACCGUUCUUUUAGAUCUUGUCAAUGAUACGUUACAGAUCAAUGAGGGCCAUCCUUUACAUCAAAAACUCAGCAUCUCAGAAGAAGGAAGUGUCGUCGAUUACAACACCUACUACCACAUCAGGCGCCAUUUGGAGCGCUGCAUUCGGAAUGCUUCUGCUUAUUUGCUCGAGAUUUUCGACACUAGAGGUCCCCAACUCUUGCGCUCGAAGUUGUGCUCUAGUGAGAAUGUGGUGGGCAAUAAUUCACCACUUUCCUUAUCGAACUAUUCUUCAGGCAGUAUUGCGGACACCUCCAUUGCAAACUACACAUACAUGGGAUCAGAUUCUAUGGACCAGAGCCUGCAAAACGCCAUGCCAUCACCACACGACAACGUGCCCUUCACACACUCGCAGAUGUACAAUAAAACAAGAGAGCUUACCGUCCCAGAACAGAGUCAUAUGGUGUACAACAACUUGCAUCCUGCGCUGUCGACCUUUAUUUCAGGAAGUAAAGGCCAGUGUGAUAGAUACGCUGAACUCAUGCUACAGACUCCACAGGAGGACGACUACAUGGUCGAGAGAGAUUUUCCAUUGUAUGGAAGACCUUCUAAUUAG